AUGGCCGCAAAAGAUGCAGCACAAAAGGAUAAAGAAUCUCAAAAAGAACAGAUCUACUAUUCGGAUACAUAUAAAGAUGAAAUGUAUGAAUACCGUCAUGUGAUCUUACCGAAGGAAAUCGCUAAGAAAGUACCUAAAGGUCGAUUAUUAACUGAGCAUGAAUGGCGUCAUCUCGGUGUUCAACAAUCGCUCGGUUGGGUUCAUUUUAUGAUACACGAGCCAGAACCACAUAUUCUGCUAUUCCGUCGUUCACUUAAAGUUAGUCAACAAGUUCAACAACAGCGAGCAGCGGCGGCGGCGGCUCAAGCACAACAACAACAGUAUAGUGCCCUACAUAUGAAAUAG